AUGGGAAAACGGAAGAUCGAUAUUGAGCUGUUAGAAAACGAAAAAAAGAAGAAUGUGACGUUCUCCAAGAGACGCAAGGGUCUCUUUUACAAAGCUUCAGAACUCGGGAAUCUCUGCAACGUACAAACCGCCAUUGUGGUCUUCUCUCCGGCUGGGAAUCCUUUUACGUUCACUUCAAAAGGUUCGUCUGCGGACAUUGUUAUACAACGUUACCUAGAGAAGUAUGAACCAGCCGAAAUUGUGAAGGAGGAUGGUGGCUUUUGGUGGGACACAGUAGAUGUUGACAAAUACUGUUCCAUGGAGGGUUUUCUGUCUCUGAAGAACCGUUUGGAGCGGCUCAAGGAGAAUAUCUUCUGUCGAUUGACCAAUAUGACUGUGUCAUUUUCAUCACAUGAAAUGGGUAAUAUUUUUGAAGAUCUUCCCAAUUGCUGCAACACAUUACCGGAGCUGUCUUCUUUCUCAUCUUCAUACCAAGAAAUGGAUGAUAUCUUUGAAGCUCUUCCCGAAGUCAAGGAGAAUAUCUGCAGCCAACAUGAGUUAUCUUCUUCAUUUUCGGACCAAGAUUUAAGUGAUUUCUUCUCUGAUCUUCCUGAUUUCUGUGUUUGA